AUGCUCGAAAGACAAGCUGGCAGCAGCAGCAAUUCAAUCCGCUAUGGACCUUCGUACUCGCGCUCCGGAAGCUCCUCUGUGCAUCUACCAGCUCCCUGGGCUCGGCCAACUCCGCGAUUUGGAGACGAUCAACGGCGCCCAGUGACGGUCUCUCCAGGGCCGGAAAACGAUGUCAUAGAUUUAACGGCGGAUCCGGAAUCUCCUCUAAGAGAGGCUCGAAGAGCGCCAGCUGGCCCACGCCGUCCUUCCCGAGACAUAAGAAAUCGCGACUCCGAGCCAAAUGUCAUUGACUUGGAAGCGGAAGAGAACACUACCGAGGGGUCAAAUGGCCCAGAUAUCGAAAUAAUAGGGUCCUCGGUUGUGAGGCCCAUGCCCACCAUGGAGCCCGCGUAUUUCGAUUCAAAUGGGUUUUCCAUGUAUCACCCUCCUCCUCCAAGAAGACCACUUACUACAUUCCCGUCGGGACCACGGGUGGAUGGUCCUUUUUCUCUUCCGACAUCGAGAGUCCGAGAAUCUACCAAUCGUCGGGGCCAUGCAUCAUCAAACAUCCCGGGCUCAUGGUAUGGCCAUGAUUUCUUCUCAUUCAUGAACUCCAUGCCUGCGGUACUCCCAUACAAUGUCCCAGCUUUUGAAUAUAAUCCCACUCCGCCAGCGCCAGUUUCUCAGCGGGAUUCUUACCGAGCACCUGCUUCGGCACCAAAGGGGUUCUCGCGAUGUCUAGAGGAGGAGAACGUUCCAAUUUGCCCCAACUGCGAUAAAGAGUUAGGCACCGGUUCAGGCCGCAAGCAAGAGAUUUAUGUCGCAAAAGCCUGUGGGCAUGCAUAUUGCGGCGAAUGCGCCGAGAACCGGGCAAUCUCAAAGGCCAGGAAGUCAGCAUCGAAGACAAAACCCUUUUCAAAAUGUCAAGUUGCGGGCUGCAAUAAACCGGUGAGCAGUCACACCGCCAUGAUUCACUUGUUCCUCUAA